CUGGCUCAUUUAAAUCUGGUAAGGGUGGAGGAGAAGACCUUUCGUUUCUCUACAUUAGAGCCGAUAGUCUCCAUCUCCGCAUCCGAGCAACACUCCCGCUAAUCGCACAUCAUUGGGAUCGUGUAUGGUCAUUUCCUAAUGAUAGCGGGGUUGAGAGACUCUGGCUUUGGGACUGUUAGAGAAACGGAGGCACGUCUUCAAGAGGUUCUCAAGUAGUGAUUGAAGUUCAGACCAAGUAGCUUUUAGCGAGCUUCCUUUCAGUGUUGAGGAAGACAAAAAGAUAGACCAGGUGCUAAAAGGCUCUAAUAGUUGUUUAAGAGAGUAUAGGUUUUGUAUAUAUACAAAUCUAACAAUUUGAAACCAUCAACGAUGACGAGAAGAUCUUGUAUCAUUUACGCCACCGGGAUCGUGUGCGCUCAUCUAAUCAUUUUGGGGAUCGCCCUUCUGGUGGCUCAAGUCUUCCAAACAAUGAUUCAAGAACGGAUCAAAAAGGAGAUCACACUGGGAGAGAACAGCAGAGUAUUGAAGGGUUGGAUAAAUCCACCGCCUCCUGUUUACAUGCAGUAUUUCUUCUUCAAUGUUACCAAUCCAGAUGAGAUCUUGGCUGGCAAGGCAAAGCCAAAAGUCACUCAAAUGGGGCCAUACACUUACAGGGAAUACCGUCCCAGAGAAAAUGUCACUUUCCUUGAAAAUGGGACAAAAAUCUUUGCCACAAACCCCAAGAGCUUUGUGUUUCUUCGCAACAUGUCAGUGGGAGAUCCUGAGGUUGAUCGUGUGACAACAGUUAACAUUCCGUUCAUUGCUGUAAUGAAUGAGUUGAAUUCCUACUCCUUCUUUUUGAGGACUGCUGUGUCUAUGUGGAUGGGAUCCAUGGGGAUUGAUGUCUUUAUGAAUCGCACAGUCCAUGAGAUUUUGUGGGGCUUCAAAGAUCCACUGCUGUCUAAACUCCAUGCCUUGAGACCUGAAGUGGAUGAGCAUUUUGGCCUCAUGUAUAAUAAAAAUGGAACACAUGAAGGUGAAUUUGUCUUCCAUACCGGAGAGAAGAACUACAUGGACUAUGGCAAGAUUGACACAUGGAAUGGAAUAAGUCAGAUGAAUUGGUGGUCGUCUAACCAGAGCAACAUGAUCAAUGGUACUGAUGGCAGUGUGUUCCACACCUUCCUGUCCAGGAAAGAGCUCCUCUACAUCUUUGCUGCUGAUCUAUGCCGUUCUAUUCAUUUAAGUUACGUGAGCGACACAGAGGUGAAGGGUAUCCCUGCCUUCCGCUUCGCCCCUCCUUCAGACGUACUGGCUCCCCCUGAUGAGAACCCAAGCAAUGCUGGCUUCUGCGUGCCUGCUGGAGAUUGCCUCGGAAAGGGAGUCCUUAAAGUCAGCGUCUGUCGGCAAGGUGCACCCAUUGUUGUGUCAUUCCCUCAUUUCUACCAAGCCGAUCAUAGCUACAUUAAUGCCAUUGAAGGCAUGAAUCCAAAUGAGGAGGAACACGAAACAUACCUCGACAUCAACCCAACCACAGGGGUCCCCAUUCGUGCCUGCAAGAGAGCUCAACUCAAUGUCAUCCUUAAGAGAGUCAGUGGCUUCCCCAAAACUAAAUUCCUGAAUGGGACAAUUUUUCCUAUCAUGUAUGUCAACGAGACGGCAACUAUUGACGAUGAGUCAGCUGCCCAGAUGAGAACACUUCUGAUGAUUGUAACAGUGGUGUCCAAUUUCCCUGUCAUCAUUGUGGGGCUGGGGGUCAUUUUACUCGUGGUCCUGAUCUUCCUUGUCUGCAGGCAUCGCCAGAGAAAGAAUGAAGUAAAACGUAUUGAUUUUACUGAAGCUUUUCAUUCUUUUGCUACGACGAAAGACGAAACGGCUUAUACCCAAGUUAGCAACCAUGCAGAAAAUUCGCCGGAGAACCGCACUAACCAGCCUUUGAGGAACGGCUCUUAUAUUGCAAUGUCACCAGUAGAGGCACAAAAGUGUUGAUGAAGAUGAUUGGUGGAGUCACACCUGGACAUCACAUCCAGAAAUGCAUCCUCACCCUUUUUUAUGUUUUACUUUUUCCACUGUGCAAUUUGUCUUCGGGGGUCAGUCCUCACACACACAAACAACACCAACAUUUCCCGAGGGUCACUUGUUUUAAGGUUGACUCAUUACUUAUUCUUACCUUUUUGAGCAUGGCCUUGUCAAACUGCCAUAUCUCACAAAAAAUAUGUAAACAAAAAGCUGUCUCUGAGUUCCCAGAGGCUUCUGUUGCCUAGUCAUGAGAGGCCUGAUAAACACUCUCUUGCCUUUAAAAAAGUAUAUGAAUUGCAUGUUCACAGAAUCCAUAGUUCCUGAAGGGGUCUUAAACCCUGUUAGCAUGAGUGAACGUAAGAAGGAACUACUGAAAACCAUCCACACUCACUCAUGUCUUGGAAAGCCUUUGCUUUUCAAGUGUUUCUUUUCAAAUUUCUUCCCACACUACUGUAUACAGGUCUGCACAAGUGGGCCUUGAACUAACAAAGCUCUAUUUGUCAUACCUGAUAAUGAGCAGAUAAAUACAAACUAUUAAAUUACCUCUAAAAUGUUUUAGAGGGCUAUAAGGUCUGAUAUGCUAAGAAAAAACUGGGUCUAAUCCAGUACUUUGUGUGUAUGAUUGUUCAAACCAGUAUGUGUGUGACUGUAUGUGUUUGUAUGUCUGCAGGCAUGUUCAUGCUUGCAUGUGUUUGUCACACUGUGGUGAAAUGCUCUGGUGGCUCGCUGUUGACCAUUUGCACAAUGCAGUGUGACAAAAAGUGGACACUAGCGACUUCAGCGGUCCUCUCCAUUUCACGCUGUCUGACUCAUGGCCAAAUUCAUUCACUCAACCGAUGCCAGAAAUGAUAACGUCUACUUAAAGUAGGUCCUUAGAAAUAGUCACCAUGCAUUACAAGUCAUGCUAGCUUUUUAUUCUUUUCAUAAUGAAAAAACAACAGGCAUAGAAGACUCAUAAGUGAGACUUCUAUGAUUUUUUGGCUGCCUUACAAAUACUUUAAAUGCAAAAAUUAGAUUUUGCUGCAUGGUAAUGGUAGGCAUAAGAUGGAACUCUUUUGGCAUUGGGCAGAAGAAACAUCAGACUACCUCUGACCAAAUCCAGUCUGGAAACAUCCGCAAAUCAAACAUUUCACCGCAAAAGGCGUCUGUUCUAUAAUCACAAGAGCACAAACAUGCUUUCUUGCAGUCUAAUCAGUCUUUGACAGCAGAAAGGGUAACAGAUCAGCAGGUUUAGGGUUAUCAGUGACGUGUGCAUGUUUUUCUGUGCACGUUAACCCUCUGUGAGGCAAAAGAGACUUGAAUCACUGCUAGUGUCCAUCUUGAGUUUUAUGUUUGUGUUGCUUUUUUUUGUCAAUGAUGUUCAAACCUUCGCUAUUGCCUCUUAAAAACGAAUUAAGGCCAUAUAUAAAUCAAUUUGAAAAGGAUAUGAUAGCUGCACACUUUCAAGAAUAUCUUUAAAGUUUUAUAUAUAUAUAUAUAUAUAUAUAUAUAUAUAUAUAUAUAUAUAUAUAUAUAUAUAUAUACACACUCAAGUCCAGACAUGCAUUUUAUUGUUUUGUCCAAAUGAAUUGUUUUAGGUGUUUGUUGGAAAUUGCCAUAACCCAUGUUGUUUUGUGUUUGAAAAUUGUCCAUUGAAGAUGUAUUAUGUAUGUGUAAAAUCAUUCCCAUUUUGGAAACAUUGGGAACAAAUCUAAUGCCAAACACUUACUGGGAUGAUUGACGCUUGUUAAUGUUACUUUACUUGACUUAAAGGGAUUGUUCACCCAAAAAUGAAAAUUCUCUCAUAAUUUACUCACCCUCAUGCCAUCCCAGAUGUGUAUAAAUGUAUUUCUUCUGCUGAACACAAACGAAGAUUUUAAGAAGAAUAUCUCAGCUCUUUUGGUCCAUACAAUGCAAGUGAAUGGGUGCCAGCAUUUUGAAGGUCCAAAAAUGACACAAUUUAGCAUAAAAUUAAUCCAGAUUACUUCAGCAGAAGAAAGAAAGACAUACACAUCUGGGAUGGCAUGAGAGUGAGUAAAUUAUGAGAGAGUUUUCAUUUUUGGGUGAACUAUUCCUUUAAAACCAUCUGUUACCUGUUGCAACCAUGGUUUCUGUGGAUUGCAGUGCACAUUGUGGCAAAUUUGCUCAUGCCAUGGAUUUAGCUUAUCUUUUAAAGAUUUAGUGCAAGGUUUAAACUGGAAGCGUUGUGAACUUACAGUGUCUUAUGCAGCUGUACCUGACUGAAAACAGAGAGAAAGCAAUUGAAGCUUUAGUGUAAUUGACCACUAGUCAAUUGCAGUGGCUCUUGUGUAGUUAUCAGCACACAGUAUAUAAAUGUACAAAAAAUGGCCUCUGUCAAAGGCCCUGCUGGACCAUUGUAUCUCAAGUGGUGGGACGUAAGAUGUGACUUGAGUUUGUGAGAUCUACAACCUGAGCCAUUUCUAUACGGUUUCCAGCUUCCUUAUGGUGACUUUUGAAACAUAUUGCCUCUUGUUCACUUGUUCCCUAUAUGCUUGACCAAAGAUAACAUUGGUUUUUGUAGAUAACUGGUUUGUUUACUUUCCACAGUGCCAUCGAUUUUCCCAUUUAGAAGAGCAUAAGAACCUCUUUGUCUACAAGGGCAAAUGGAAGAAAAAAAAUAUUUAAAAGUCAGAAAAAUAUUUUCCAGAGCAAAGUAUGAGUUUAUAAUGUGUUUAAUACAGCAAAGAACUUAAAAUGUAAAGUAUUGCCACAGUGUGCAAAUAAACUCAGUAUUAUGUAUUGACACAGCAAUAUGACAUGUAAAAAGCUAAUUUUAUUAUGAAGUAAAAAGGUUUUGUAAUCAGACAAACAAUAUUUAUGUAUUCAUAAAUUCAAUGGUAUGUACAUUAUCUGACUUUGUAAGGUAUUUUCUUUGGUCCUUUUUCAUUUCUAUAUUUUGUAAUUAUUUUGUAAUAUUUCAAGUUUUAAUUUUAGUUCCUCCACAGAUUUCUGAAGUAGUACCAAGUGAAUAUUGUCCUAAAUCCAAGAUGGAACAGUGUAUGUGGUCGUAACUAAAAACUAUAACUUUGAUUGAGAAAGGCUUGUGUUGUAUCAGUGGGGUGUGAGCCUAUCAUGUGUAAUGAUCUCCUGUUAUACAACUUCCUCAAGCUGUCAACAUACUGUUUUUGUCCAGCUGGAAUAACAAAGGGAAGGCUGAGUGUCUCUGAGUUCCAUUUAGGAAGAUUGCCAUAGUGCCAUGUUGGGUACAAGGGAAGUUUCCAUUUGCAAUCUAACCUUUUUUUUUUCAUAGAUGAAUGAUGCCCUCCUUCAGGGAUGAGCUUUUAGUGCCACACCAUCCUUGUUUAUUUCAAUUGCUUUAGUAGUGACAUGUUAAAAAAUGUAGCAAAUAGUUUUUCUUUCUUUCCUCUGCCUUCGUUUCAGGGCUUGUAAUUUACUCACAACAUCUUUGAGGGUGGUCUUAAAAAAACAC